UGCGUAAUGCUGGGCUCACAUCAUGCGCAAAGUCUGAAUGGUAUUGCUGAUACAUCCACAUCGAUGUACUUCGAUUCCCCAACGUCCGAUCUUCAUAUGGGGUCAUUUAGUGCUGAUCCGUCUUCAAUCAAUCCGUCACAACGUCAGUCAACAACACCGAAUUUCUUAUUCGGAUCGGUCAACAAACGACGAAGUCUAGCAGUUCCUCCAUCACAUUACUAUCAUGGGUUAGAUGGUAAUGAAUUGACGCCAUCUCGAGACGAUUCCAAUAUAUUCUCAUCGAAUGUUCCACCCCAUUUGACACCAGCGUCGACAGUGGGUAAAAGUGUGCAUUGGUCACCAGCAUUGGUACGCAUCGAGAACGUCUCGCCACGUGCAACUCCCAUAAAUCUUGAUUCAUCUCAAGCCUCAUCGACUUCAUACAGAUCUGGUCCACCGUUACGUUCAAUAACAGAUGAGUUACGAGCAGCCGCUGUGGAUUCAUCAGUUCUCAAUGGCACUUCUGAAGGCGUGCCAGGCGUUGAUGUGCCGAUGGAGCAAUCUCCAACACGAGAAAAUGGCAAUGACGGUGAAUUGCAUUGGGUUACCGUGUUUGGGUUUGCUCCCGAAGAUGCUACUCAUGUGCUGCAACUGUUCUCACGUCACGGGACUAUCGUUGCACAUCGGUUUGCUGAGCGAGGCAAUUGGGUAUAUAUUCGUUAUUCAUCAGUAGUUCAUGCACAGCAAGCAUUAUCAAGGAACGGACACAUUAUUGAAGGUCGUCUGCGAUUAGGUGUUAUGCCUAUUGAUCCAAGCGAGUUGGCAAGUUUGGGCGAGAUUGCAAAAAUGGAUAGUUCAGUGCGAACAUCACCGGACGAUGAAAAUGCAUCGUCGUCAAUGCGUAGCGGUAGUGCUCUUCCGAGGUCAUUGAAUCGUUCAGCGUUGAGAAGCGCUUCAUUCCGAGAGUGUUCCUAUCGGGACAAACGUCUGUCGUCGGCACCUCUGAACACCAGCUUGUCGGUGCAAUCUCCCUCGGACAGCUUCAACUCGUCGUAUCGUCUUCGACCGUCCGCCUCGAAUCGAUCAACGAUGCGAUCGCUUUCUGCUGCCUACAAUUCAGCUGACAAUCAGUUCAACGUUUGUUCUCUAUCUAAUUACUCAGUUGCAGUCUUGCGUGUGUGA